UUUUGUUCUUGACUUGCAUAAACAAACAAAUAGUCCUGCCCUUUUCUCCGUUUCAAAAAACAACUCUCACACUCAGUCUACAGAGAGAAUACAGAAGAGAGAGAGAGAGUGAGAGCAGGCAUGGAGGCGGGAGGAGGAGUCGGCGUCGGAGCCGGACCGAACUACAAUCCGCGGACGGUGGAGGAAGUCUUCAAAGAUUUCAAAGGCCGGCGAGCUGGUUUGAUUAAAGCGCUCACUAAUGAUGUUGAAGACUUCUAUCGGCAGUGCGAUCCUGAGAAGGAAAACCUGUGUUUGUAUGGUUUUCCAAGUGAACAAUGGGAAGUCAAUUUGCCAGCUGAAGAAGUGCCGCCUGAGCUUCCAGAACCUGCCUUGGGUAUUAACUUUGCAAGGGAUGGCAUGCAAGAAAAAGACUGGCUAUCUUUAGUUGCCGUGCACAGCGAUGCAUGGUUGCUUUCUGUUGCAUUCUAUUUUGGAGCCAGAUUUGGAUUUGAUAAAGCUGACAGGAAGAGGCUCUUCAAUAUGAUAAAUGAAUUCCCAACAAUAUUUGAGAUCGUGUCUGGAUCAGUCAAGAAACAGUCCAAGGAGAAGUCAUCUGUCUCAAACCACAGCAGCAACAAAUCGAAGUCAAACUCCAAAGGGGUAAAAGAAGUUUUCACUAUACAUUCUCUUAAUUUGCGGGAUUCCCAAGUGAAGUACUCGAGAAUUGCACAGCCCAAGGAUGACGAUGAAGGCUUGGACGACGAUGAAGAAGACGAUGAUGAGCAUGGAGAUACGCUGUGCGGAGCAUGCGGAGAUAACUACGCGGCCGACGAGUUCUGGAUCUGCUGCGACAUCUGCGAGAAGUGGUUCCAUGGCAAGUGCGUGAAGAUCACACCAGCGAGGGCCGAGCACAUCAAGCAGUACAAGUGCCCCUCUUGCAGCAACAAAAGAGCUCGCUCGUGAUCCGUCGCCUCCCUCCACCCUGCUUGAAAUCUCUCCCAUCAGCUGAACUUCAUCUCUAACUGUCCCUUGUCGAAAACUUAGUCUCCCUCCGUCAGGUGUAAUAUUAGUUGUAACUUGGGUUAGCCUGUGGUGUUUAGUCAGUCAUGUAGAAGAAAGACAACCUUGAGUUUGAGUCAGUCCCCAGUCCUAUUAGGUUUGAUUAAGCCCUUGGUUUGAGACCUUUGAAAUACCGCCUUCUCCUGUCUGAAUAGGAAAAGAAUCUGUGUAAUCGUCGUCGUUGGAACUUAUUAGUCUCUCCUCAUUUGGGCCAAUUCGGGAAUCUUUGCCUACCCAUUGCCUCAUCCUUUCUGUAGCUGUUCUUGGCUUUGUCUAUGGAAUCUUACAGCUUGCAGAUGACAGAAUUUCCACCCAAAGCCGGGUUUCCGCUCCUUCAAUAGGCUUUCUGUGGCUAUUUUCUUGGCUAAUCUUCUGUUUGCAGGUACGAUUUCUCUGUCAUUUCCCUGUUCUACACACAUGUGAGUGUUUGGUUAUGGAAUGAAAUGAUCAAUCAUUCCAGUCC